AUGACGAAGUUGGUGUCCGAGAACCAGCACACGGAGCUCGGCGUCCGCUUCCCCGCGUACGACGGCCCCGACUUGCUUUUCACCGCGGGCGCGCUGCCGUUCAACAGCAUGGAGUUCGAGGUCACCCUCUCUGCAGGCGGCGACAAAAGGAAGUACAAGGUGGCGAUCAGCCUGAUGCAGCUGAGGAUGCUGUUGGCGGGCUACCCCACUGACAUCCCCGCGCAGGCGCUACAGGCAUGGAAGGGGCCCUAUCAGAGCAUCAGGUCAACACAGGACGGCUUCUUGUCUCUGAUUGCAGACGUGUGCUCAUCAAUUUUCGUUCAAUCCCUGCUGCUGAUUGACUUCGUUCAGAAGAUCGAUAGGAACUUGACUGAACCUGAGUAUGAUAAGCUCUUGAAGGCCCUCAGGGAUGUGAAGAUUGAAGUCACACACCGAGGUAAUAAACACCAUACGUACAGAAUUGCUGGCUUGUCAGUGAAGCCUACUAAUGAUUUGAGUUCUGAAUCACCAAGUGGAGCUACAAAGACUGUCAUUGAUCACUUCAGAGAAAGGUACAGCCUGGAACUGAAAUACAAAUCUCUCCCAUGCAUCGAUGUUGGCAGCGAGCAGAAGCCAAUUUAUCUUCCUAUAGAGGUUUGCAAGAUAGUUCCCAGGCAGUGUUACCAGAAGAACUUGGAAUGCAGUCAGGUUUCUACUCUAAGGAAGUCAGCCUCCAUCCAGCCUGAACCGGAGCAGUCCAGUCAUCAUGUUGUUGACCGCAAACGCACUAAAUGUGCAAAUGAAUUUGGCAUAGAAUUCGAUGACAAUCUUACAACAGUUGAUGCUAGAGUUCUGCUGCCUCCAAAUCUUAAGUAUCAUGAUUCUAGACCUCAGAAAACGUGGUUUCCAAUGAAUGGGCACUGGAAUAUGAAAGACAAGAAAGUAAUAAAUUGUGCCAAAAUCAGCAACUGGGCAUGUGUUAAUUUUUGUGAGGAUUUAUCCAAGAAAGCUAUUGAGGAGUUUUGCUUUAAGCUGGCUGAAAUGCCUCGCAUUAUUGGAGCGGACUUUGCUAAUUUGAAGCUCCCAAUAUUCACUGCACGUUCAGAUGAAGUUGAACAUGAUAUUUGUAUAUAUGGCUACCCAAUUGGUAUAUAUGGCUACCCAACUGAAAUCCAGGCUCUCUUUUUCAUGGCUAUGAGAUGUGCCUUAAGUUGGCUUGACUUCGGAACAAUUAAUGAUAUAUACGGCUACAAGACUGAAGAGUACUCACAGACAGCUUUGAGCAAGUUCAAUGUGAUACCCGAAUCAGUAUCUGAUUGCAUAUUUGACUUCAUGCCCAUCCACGGUGGAUACCUCAUUGGCAAUGUUGGCCCUGCCAUAGAUUUCCGCUGGUUUUGCUUAGGCAUUUUUAUUGCAACUCUGUCAUCAUUAACCACCGGAGAGCAAGGCAAUGCUGGAUAUUGUGGAGGAGUGCUGGCAACGACUCAUUGGGGAGAUGCCACUCAAGAUCUGUUACCCUGCAAUGGAAAACCAGAAAAUCACUGGAUGUGGCCCAAAGAACACCAGGUGGAGCUACGACAAUGA